UUGACUCUUCAUAUUCUCUUCUUUUCUCUGUGUGCUUGCUUGCAUUGCAUACAACACUCACUAGUCACUGAAACUCACUCACUCACUCACUCUCAUAGCAAGAAAACAAGACCAUUUUCAUUUUCAUUUUGAUCAUGAGUUCCUACACAAACAUGAUGAUGAUGAUGAUGGAACCACAAGAACAACCACAUUUCAAGAAACCCAAACUGGCACUACCACCACCACCCCUUAACCACCACCACCACCAUCAUCAUCAUCAUCAUAGCAGCUUCAAGAAAACUCAGCUCUGCAGAAGAUUCCAGCAACAUGGUAUGUGCGGUUUUGGGUCCAAAUGCAACUUCGCACACGGCAUUGCUGAACUCAACAGACUCAACAACAUUCAACCACCAAACCCCCAACUUUGCAGAAUGUUCUCUCGGAACAAACACUGCACCUAUGGUCACUCCUGUCGUUUCCGUCAUUCUUCAACCGCCAGAAAUGUUGAUUAUCCAAACUGGGUCCGCGAGGUUUCUCGUCAUCCACCACAAGAACAAGGGAAACAUGAUCGAUACUCUUAUGCAGAAUACAGGGUAAUGCAAACUUCUGCUGCUGCUACAAAUGCCUCGACCAACACAGUGGAAGCUAGCUCUUUGCGCAAGAAUGAACCAUAUGCUGUGAAGUUCAUGUUCAAGAAAAAUGACCUGCGAAAAAUCAGUGGCAUCUAUGCUGAUUGGAUUUAAGAUUUGUCCCUGCACCAUAGCUCGCUUAGCAAACUUGACAAGUGAAGUGCUACCCCAAAACUUGGUUAUUUCUAUUAAGGAGAAAGAUGCAGGAGUCAAGGACUUUACUUCACUACCAUUCUGACCCCCUUUUUUUGUAAAUGUUUCAACAUUUCGUGUAGAUAUUAGUAGAUAUCUUUGUAUAAAGCAUGACAAAUAUGUCACUAUUAUGUGUUAGCGCUUAAGACAUUAAUGACAAUGUUCCUUCCUGUUAUGGCCCAAGUAAUGAAAAUAGCAUUAGUUCAGCACAAAGAAAGUUCCAAAGAAAGUAAAAUCAUAAACGGGAAGCAACUGUUGGACUUGGACCAGAUGUUGACAUGGUAUUCCAUUAUUUCCUGCCAUAUCUGAUAUCAAGAACUAUUCAAAUUUCAAUAGAUGAUAAUACAUUCACAAGCAAUGACCUUAUUAGAACUAAAAUUAGGGUUAAGUUCUUUAAG